AUGCAGCUCAUAACCCUCUUCUUUGUCAGCGUGGCUGCCCUAGCCAGUACCGCCGCUGCAAUGCCUCAUCUCUCUGCGGCGAACCAUGGUGCCCGCAUCUUAGUCCAUGUGCCUACCAAUGCAACCGAUUCCCACAAUACCACUACAACGGGUACACAGGGCAAAGCUCCCCUGUUGACGGGAUCGUCUCAUACGAAUCGUCCUGGCACCAACCGCUGCCAUGAGCUGUGCUCUUUACAAUCUCAGACUUGUACAAUUGCUGUACCGGACGAUGAUAAGUUUUGUUGGUCCAUCUACCUGCAAUGCACGGAGAAGUGCCACCCUGAGAAUUUCCAUGAAUAA